CGUUCCAUUCCAUGUCGGAAGUAAACGCAUAGCGUUGUGAUGAGAUUGGCAUGAACAGCUCUAAAAAAAGAAGAAAGAAGAAGAAAAAACAGUUGUCGAGAGUACUCUCCAUGUUCAACUAACCGGCUGGCUCGUCCAGGCUGUUUUCGUUGUUUUCUACAUUAUGUAUUUUCUUGCUGAUUUUCAUUUCUUUUUUCUUUUCUUCUUUUUUUUUUUUUUUUUUUUCUGAGCGUUUGCAGUUUUCGCUCGUACCGCGACGGUUACCACACGAAUCAACCAAUAACUACGACGCAACAGCUUCGCUUUAGGUUGCUUUUCACGUUUAGAUGCCUAUUCGUACCAUUUUUAAAGCGUCCAUUCCAGCUACGCUGCGUAAUGAAUGCCUCGAUCACAAAUCAUCAGUAAUUCUGGCUGGGGCUGAAUUCUCUCUGGCCCGUCCCCUAUCCUACCAAUAUGUGCUAACUCGAGCACCACCUACUGUCGGUCGCAUGGCGCUUCGGGCUGCGUAGUUGGACCGACCAAAUCAAGAGGGAGCCUCGCGCCCACGCGCCUUUCGCAAUCUCACGUCGCGGCAACGCAUCAGCCGAGGGCGAACGGCGCCGUGGCCCGCGCGUGCCUCGCUUGGCGCCCUGUUGACGGAUGCAUUAUCGGAACUUCACUUGAGCGCAUAAACAAUGACAAUGUGAAGCAGGCUCCUUUCACCGCCUCGCUGUCGCGUUCCAGCUGCGAGGCGGCAAGCAGCGCUAUGGGCGCAGUCUUUUUCCACGGGCUUGGCGAUGUUCUACCCGCAUUACUCGCUUCAUUCGCGCUGUAUUGCGGGGUCAUCGUUGUCGGUGCGUUUGCCUGCUUGGUCACCCUCUUGUGCUACAUUAAACACAAGCAAGGCGAGACGAUGGUCUACAUGGAGAAGUUUCCCGGGCGAACGGAGCCCAUCCCCAUGCUGACCACAUGGUCGAUACAUCGGACCCUUUCCAAAGAGGCGCAUCGUUUGGACGUCGGAACGCAUUUGUUCCAGCUGUCCGCCGGAUUUUCUCGGAUGUACCAGAAACAUGGCAUGCUUCGAUUUUAUGACGCUACUCAUCCCAUUCUAGCAGUGUUCAAAGCUGAUCAUAUUGAGGAACUUUUGACAAGUAAUACAAUACUUAAGAAAGGUCAUGAAUACGAUCUAUUAGGGCCAUGGCUUGGAACUGGUCUUCUUACAAGUUCAGGCUCAAAGUGGCGCUCUCGGCGGAAACUUCUGACACCUGCGUUCCAUUUUCGAAUCCUGGAGGACUUUCUGCCUGCCGUCAAUGAACAGUCCAAAGUCUUGGUACACAAACUUGGCCAGCUUGGAAAAGGACGUUCCUGCGACAUCGUUCCUCUAGUAACCCUUUGUGCUCUAGAUAUUAUAUGCGAUACUAUAAUGGGCUACACGAUCAAUGCUCAAAGCAACCAGCAUUCGGAUUAUGUUCAAGCCAUCCAAGUGCUUGGUCACAGCUUCACACGGCGCAUAGAGUCACCGUUAUACUGGAUUGACGCGAUAUUCCGUCUUUCAAAGCCUGGUAGGCUGUUCCAUCAGAAAAUUGGAGACCUUCAUCAAUUUACUCUGAAGGUGAUCCGUGAGCGAAAGGAUGAGCUUCUGUCGUGUCCCGAGCUACAAGAGUCUCUCGAGGAAACAUCUCUGGAAAGUGACAUCUACGACGUGAAAGGAAAAACCAGGAAACCAUUCCUCGAUAUCCUCCUCCGAGAACACAUCAAGGACCCUAAAAAUUUUACCGAGGAAGAUGUUCGAGAAGAAGUGGACACUUUUAUGUUUGAGGGUCACGACACGACAGCCAUGGGAAUGAGCUGGGCUCUUUAUCUUAUUGGUCUGUACUCGGAGCACCAGGAACUCAUGCACCAAGAACUGGACAGCAUAUUUGGUGACGACCAGAGCCGACCUAUCACUUCGGAAGACUUGAAGCAAAUGAAAUACAUGGAAUGCUGCCUAAAGGAGUCCCAGCGAUUGUAUCCAUCAGUUCCAUUCAUCACCAGAACGUGCGAGCAAGACGUCAUGAUCGCUGGCCGAAAGCUACCGAAAGGCGCGGACAUCCAAGUUGGCAUUUACAGCCUGCAUCGUGACCCAGAAGUAUUCCCCAAGCCGGAAGAAUUUAUUCCGGACAGGUUUCUUCCUGAAAACGUCAAAGGGAGACACCCUUUUGCUUUCGUUCCUUUCUCUGCUGGCCCGAGAAACUGCAUUGGUCAACGUUUUGCCAUGAUGGAAGAAAAAGUCGUCAUUGCCAACAUCCUUCGAAACUACAAGCUGGUUUCACUGCAUCAUCGAGACAAGAUCCGUGUCAUGGCGGAGCUCGUUUUGAGGCCCAAGAGUGGUCUGCAUGUGAACUUUAUUCCGAGGGAGCCCAAAAAAUUGAAAUGAAAGGAUUCAGCGGCAAUUCAUUCCUCCGACGCUUUCACGCGUUGACUAAAGCACGUCUGCAAACGGACCGAAUAAAUGAAACAUAUGACAGCGACGGUCACCUCGCUUAUAUCUGCAGCUUUCUGUCAUUUCAAUAAAUAAUAAGCUCAAAGGCAGUAUAAAAUAAAACUAUUGCAUUCUGAUUUUA